UCUGAAGGGUUCAAACAGGAAGCUCGUACACUGUUGUCACUGGUAGUGAAAGGUCGUCUGUCUGAAGCUAGUGAACGUCAAGUCUUAAAGGAAAGAAGGCUUUUUAUUCUGCAGAAUUGCUCGCUGAUUAGGGAGGGCAGUGAUACCAUGUGGAAGUCACAUGAACGACGAGGAUGAGGCAUAAACAAGGGGGCAGCCUGACGACAGAGCCGCUGCAACACAGUGUCAGCCAACAGGAGGAGGAGGGGGCACUGGUGCCUGUACAAAGAUCCCACACACAAGCAGGCCCCCUGUGGCCCUUUCCCCUUGAACGUUAAUUAGGAUGAACAGCACUACCACUCAGCCCCCUGCCCACAAAGAUGGGGGUGUGCCGGUGAGCUACGUGCUGGUGCCAUUCCUUCUUAUAACUAUUGCUGGAAUUGCUACAGUUUUGAUUUUAUGUCUGCGUAGGAAAAGGAGGAUUGACAGACUUCGGCAUCAGCUGUUACCUGUUUACACGUAUGACCCUGCAGAGGAGCUUCAUGAAGUUGAACAGGAGCUUUUGUGGAGAGAAGAGGACACAAGGAUUGUGCAAGGCUGGGCAAGAAGCUAUCAACAGCAGCAACCUCUUCUGUCCAAAGAUGUGACAGCUUGAUGACAGCUCAGCCUGGCGCAGGAUGCUGAGGAGCGAGAAGACAACCUUCAGACUCAAAGAUUUGCCCUUCUUUUAACUCAUCUGUCACAUUGCUCUAUUUUGCUCCUGUUGUCUUUAUCUCAGAUUACAUCGGCGAUUUAAGAGCCAAAGAAAUUAAGUACUUGUUACUUAUUUAUUGGAAAUUAUUUAUUCAAAUACAUUUUUACUGUCAUAGUCUGCGGCACCAAAUUCUGGGAAAGCAGAAGACAAAACCUCUUGUGCAUUUGGUGUUUUGUUUACAUUCUUAAUGCUGUUGUGGGCAGCUUGUGGCAAGCAGCCUUGUUCCUGUGGGUUGCAGUAGGCAUCCGUACUGCUCGCAUAACUUGCUGCCUGCAUUCACUGUGGUAGGGCUGCGAAUGUUAUGUACUAGUUAAACAUCAGCGCUCAGAUCUGGCGUGUGUAGAGGUUGUUUGCAGAGCAAUAGCGGCUUCUUUGAUGAAACGCUUUUACGAUUACAAACGCUAAAGCCCCAUGUUGAUCAGGUGAAAUUUGUUAAAGAAAGCUUGUUUUUAAUUUCUGUUUCCUUUCUAGUCAAAGGCUUGAAACAUCCUCCUUUCGUUUUGUUGCUUUGAACCGCUGCCUUGGAAAGCUUUAUUUUAUUUUGUCCUGCUUUGCCAAAUCCUGUGACUCUUAACAAUGGCAUGAGAUGCAAAAAUCAGGAGCAAAUAACACCAACUUCCUCCCGGCUCUUAAAUGAGUUGUGACUGGAUCUGAAAAUAUGUCCUGUCUUCGAGGCAUGGCACCAGAAAAUUUACGUCUGGCUGAAAAAUCUGCUCAGAUGAAUUCCAUACGUCUGACUGUUUCCAGCACUCAGGAAACCUUUUACACAUUAUAAACUUUUGCCUUUCAUUUGUUGAAUGUAAACGUAACUGUGUGUUUUUAUGGAAGGCUUCACAGUUCUGGUAUUUGGAGCCUUUACAUACAUUUUUCAUGCUUGUCAGGUUUCUCUUUUUAAUCAUAUAGAAACCUUAAAUGCACCACUCAAAGAUCUUCAUAUAUCUUAUCUGGAAUGACUUGCGUUUAAGAAUCCAACUUUAGGUGACACUUUUGACUAUGUACUAUUGCUGUGAUGUUGGAAUUCUUUUCUUCUCCUUGAAUGCAGUUCUAGACAAUUAUUGAAAAUGUCAGUAAUUCUAAUAAAGUGAAACUGAUAUUACAAGUUAGUAUAUCUUAAGCUUAUUUUUAGAAUUAUAAUAGCUGUGGAAAACCCAAUUUAGUGUCUCAUAAAAUGUUACAUGGGUGUAGGUCAUGCGAUCAGAUUAGAGCAUUAUGAAGCAGAUUGUGAGAAUGCAUAGCUCAUACACAUUGGUUCAGGUAUGCAACUUGUGUUGCAGGGAUAAAACGAUUACUGAUUUUAAUGGCCAUGGUAACAGUGAAUGUUACUGAAAAUCAGCACUACAGCCACAUGCAGUUACAGUACCUUUAAAACAAAUUAGUCUGUUACAAUUCUUAGCUCAAGACGGUAAACGGAAGACAAGGGUUAGACCUUUAGACGAACUGCAAAAGGCUCUUUUGAAGAGGACUGUUAAACAGGCUGAGUGCACUGUAAUCAAAACAAUAUGGAAAGUUACGUGGAAGGAAAACUGGAGUUUUCCUUAUGUGCAAACCAUAUUCCUUAAACAACGCUACCUAUACCACCAAGCAGAUUGUGGAAUUAAGAAAUUAAGUACUUGUUACUUUAUUGUAACAAAUAAAUAAGUACCACCAAGCAGAUUGUGCUUGGUGGUAUCUGUACAAUUUCAAAUUCUAAAUAAUUUGAUACGAUUUAAAAUUAUUGGGAUCCACCUGUACUUUUGCUUAGACUAUGCUGUCGCUUCUUAAAAUAUUGUAAUACAACUUUUUUUUUUUUUUAAACAAGAGUUCAAAUUAGGGGGCAUUAAUACAAUAAACAUGACAAAAAUGACAAAGAAAGUUCUCUUUAUUGUCCAUUUCUGAUACAAAUUGUAGGGCACCAUAGAAAUAUAGACAUUGUACAUUUAUAUAGGUGUACAUUAAAAAGCAUGAUCCCAUCCUAUUGAGUUUACAGUAUAUAAAUCAACAAAUGCAUGAUUUAAAGAGAAAUGUCUAGAUGCAGUUGUGUAGUUGGAAGGGGACAAAGACAAGAGACUGUACGACUUUAAUGAAAACAAUAAGAGCAGCUCUGUGCGUUAAUGCAGAAUGCACAGCGCCUGACUGAACAGUGAAGAGUGCCUACUCUACACAAACUUGCAUUUGUCCAUGAAAAUCCAACAUUUCAGUGCAGAAGAAAAAAAAAAAAAAAAAGAUAAAAACACACCUGCUAGUCUACCACAGUCAGCGAACACAAUUGUUGAGCUGACAGGUCUCCCUGACUUGCUUCACACAUUUUAAAACCUGUCUGCAAAGUCUGGCGCACAAUUACAUUUUACACCUAGUCAACUUGAUCAAAAAGAUGAAAAAAGAAAAACUUAACUCUUGUCAGAGGUUACAUUAAAAAUAGAAAAACCAGUUGAAUGCAAUCAUAAGGUGAAGUAAGCUGUUAAAUUGAGGUAUGAGAAUCCAGGCUUUGUUUUGCCUGUUUGCAGUUUUCCGGGGAUUUGUAACUGAGGUUGUAGCAGCUUAGGUGUGUGUGUGUGUGUGUGUUGGGGGGGAAAACCCAGUUAAGUGUACUAUGGAUACAGGUUCCCUGA